AUGACCAAAGCCGAGAUGGGAAGAUUUAACAUUUCUCCAGAUGAGGACAGUAUUAGCAAUAGUUCGAACAGCAAUGAAGAUUUCCUCUAUUCGGACUUUCCAGUAAAGAAAUUGACUAUUAAUGGGUAAGAUAUUCAGUUGAUUUACAUGCGUCUUAUGAAAUGCCAUCUCUUUAGAAGGUUAUGAAUUAAUUGGUAAUUUUAAUUAUAUGGCAUAAUUAAGUCAUCCUUCAUAUGGUGUACACUGUGGUUAUAUUACUCCAUGUGGUUGAUCUCAGAAAUACAUGAAAUGUCUAAUUAUGCAACACAGCUGUGUUAAUAUGAUCUAAUUUAUUUUAUUUAUUUAUUUUUAUUAGCGGCCCUUAUGAUACGGAUCCAGAAAACCAAAAUUUUCUUCUUGAGCCAACUCUGGCAAAAAAGAAAUAUGAACCAGCAUACGUAAGUAUAUUUUUUAAUUUCAUGAUUUUUAACAUGGUUUUUCUUUUUUUUUAUGCAUAAAAUUCUUGAUUUUCAUUUUAAUUGUUUUCAUAUUAUUUUAAAAAAAAAAUUUUUUUUACUCUUCAUAGAUUCCAGGGACCACCUCGUUUGGAAUGUCCGUAUUUAAUCUCAGCAAUGCCAUCGUGGGUAGUGGCAUUCUUGGUUUGUCAUAUGCCAUGGCCAACACAGGAAUUGCACUCUUUAUGUAAGUGUUGCUGUAAUUAGGAUAUUGUUUUAUGUCACAAGUAAUGUGGAAAUUAAAUAAUCAUGAUUUUCAUUUAGCGAUCAGACUUUAAACAAUUAAAUACGUGUGUAGAGCGAGUGAUUGCUUAAUGUGAUUUAUACAUUCAGACAAUGUGUUAACCGUUUCCGAGUCUAGACAUUGCCAUGGCUAUUUAUAUAUUUAUAACACACGUUUUCACUAAUUGAACACUAGGGGCAGAAUACCCCUCAUUUUCACCCCAACCUAUCUGAUGCAUACAUGCUUGGUGCUCAAAACGUCUAAAAGAUAAUCAAAAAGUCUUUAAAUCAUAAAAAAAUAAACGCAUCUUUGCGCCUAUUUAGAUUUUAUUUAAAUUGUGAUAGUCAUAAUAAGUCUCACUUUCUUGUCACAGUAAUAUAUCCUUUAUUAUCGUUCACAAAUAAUGUCAAUGCUUAAUGCAGCAACUCAGUGAAAUUGCUCAGAUGGUUUGCUUGUGUCAGCAUGACAAGUGUGAUUAGCCAUCUCUUCUCACGCGAUCUCUUUAAGUAAAUUGCAUGUUUGGGCAUUGCUUGCAUAACAAGACUUCGUUGAACACCCACAUAAAGCUUGGCUGUAGUCAUAUAAACAUUUUUAAUAGAAACCCAUACUUGUGAUAAAAAUGUUCAAUCCUUUUGUUAAAAGUAAAAAAUAAAGACUCAGCCAAAUUGUAGCCGGGCAAUAUUAACACUCUAGCUUUGAAUUCUGUUACCCAUGAUAACAAUUUUAGUCUGCAUCGAUUAACUUGCCAUGAGCUUUGGCAACUUCAUAUUGAUAAAACUAUUACAAGAAUUGAUAAGUUCUACUUAAAGACAAUUUUGAGUAAUAUAUAUAUUUUUUAUUAACCAAAAUAAGCUUUAAGUUAAUAUGUUUUGAAUAAACUUUUUUUAAAUGAUUUCUUUCCAAAAUAUUAAAAUAUCAAAAAUAUAAAAUAUAUAUAUAUAUAUAUAUAUCAAAUAUUUCAAAAGUUAUCAAAAUAUUACAAAAUUAAAAUAUUUUUCAUAAUAUUAAUCCAAGAGUUAACCCAAAAAUAUUACACCAUUAGGAAAGUUUAUCCAUCAAUAGUAAAUCGAGGCCAUAAUUGGCAGUCAAGCACAUUGUGAUUAUCUAUUGUAUGCAGUAUCGACUUGAAAUAGAUUGCUACAAUGUUGAAUAUUUUGCCAGCUUGCUUAUAUGCCAAUUCUUUGUAUGGCGGAUUGUGAGAUCUUUUGAAUAGGUAACAGUUGCUGUAGUAACGCCUUUUCUAAGCUGGGAGAGAGAAUAGUAUCCAUAUAGUACAGUUAGGGGGCUGCCAUUGCACAGCCAGGUUUCAAAUCUGAUGAUUAUCGCUUUUAACUUGUCUUUUGUUAUUCUUUUACCUGUAGGAUUCUCCUGGUGUUUGUUGCAAUAUUUUCUCUGUAUUCCAUUCAUUUACUACUAAAGACUGCAAAGGAAGGAGGUAAUUAUUGUAGAGGAAGAAAAUUGCAUAUUGCUGCAAAAAAAAAUGUUGAUGCAGGAAAAAUGUUAAAAUUGUGUUACGUUAUGUUUUCUAGGUUCUUUGUUAUAUGAGCAGCUUGGAUUUAAGGCUUUUGGUUUUUUUGGAAAAUGUGCUGCAUCUGGAUCUGUUACAAUGCAGAAUAUUGGAGGUGUGUAUUAAUUAUUCUUUGUUUGUUUUAAAUGACACUAUAGUACGUCAACGUGUAUUUAGAUUUUACUUGAAGACUCGGGCAAUAUUUACUUGCUGCAUAGGGUUUAUCCACUGAACACUGAAUCGUAAUGCAUUCGAUCAUUUGUCCGCAUCAACUAAUUAAACAGGAACUUUGCAAUCCAGAUUUGAAUUGACUACAAUUCUGUUUUCAGUGAAUAAAUCCCAGAUUUUACAGCUGAAGAUUAAAUGCCCAUCAAAAAAAUAACAUUCGCCCCCUCUCCGUACUUUAUAGAUCUUUGCGAUCAAUAAAUCAUUCCCAUUUAAUGUGCCAUGCCUAAACAUUUUAUGUUCCCAUUUUUGCAGCUAUGUCAAGCUACCUCUAUAUAGUGAAAUAUGAAUUGCCUCUUGUGAUAAAGGAGCUGAUGGGAAGCAGUGCCGUGGAAGGGUAGGUGACUUUCGUUUGAUAUUAAAUGUAAUUAUUCCUUUAAUUUUUUUUUUUUUUUUUUAACGUUAGCGUCUUUGAUAGAAGCAACAGAUUAACUCCUGCUGUCACCUGAGCAGUGUGAAACAGGUUUCGGAGUGGAUGAGGGUUCUUUGUAGUGUUUUGUCGAUACAAGUUGUUUGAUACAUGCUGCCCGAGGCAGCUGCUGAUAGCAUCAGUCAGCAACCAGCCAAUCAGGAUCAGCAGACAAAUACUUAAAAUACUUUCCUUUUACAGCAGAUAUCUUCAUUAUUAUUAUAGAUUUAAAUAAAGCGCCAACGUAUUCUUCAGCGUUUUACAAUAUCCAUAUUGAUCUAAAAUCAGCAUGGGGCAUGUAAGAUAGGAUGACUCUUAUAUAAUAGAGUGAAACCCUAUUAGCAUGUAAAACGGUUUCUCUUCCCUGGGGCAGCGUGCGUCACAAUUAAAAAACAGCGCCACCCUGUUCAGGAAUAAAUUGGCAUGCAUUUUAAGUACCAGUGCAUUUUAGCCUCUGACAAAGCAAUUUUUUCUAACCUUUAAUCUAUUAAACAGAAAAAAAAAUAUUAUUUGUUUUCUUUUUUUUUUUUUUUAUAUUGAUCAUAGCUUUAAAAAACUCUUCUACAAAAAUUAAAAUCUUUAGAUAUCUGUAUAUAGUAAAGAUUACAUUUUUACUUUACUCAAUUCUGUUCAGUUAGCAGCAACUGUUAAGUUAGCAGUACAGUUAGCAGCAACAGUUGGCCACUUUUUCCCUGAUAUUUUACUGAAUAGGUUAAACAUGAAUCAACUGCACUGUUGAGUUUCAUAAGACAGACUUUAUUUGGCUGCACACAAGGUCAUUCUGACAAAAUUAAGACAAAUAUUUACUUUGACACAGUGACAGAAGCAGUUCUGUUAGUUGCGUCAUGCAAGUACAGAUCACUUUUUGUGAUAUCCUGUGUGCCUAGUGUAUAGGCCUUGUUCUGUUUCUAUGUCUAUGUUGUAAGUUGUAGAAGUAGAUUGGUUUAAUGAAAUCUUUUUUUCUUAUAUAUUUAUAUUUUUUGGAUACAUGUACAAGUUAUUGCAGUUCUAUGCAAUUAGCAGAAUGGUGGUGGGGAAGCUUGUAAGCAAACCGCCUACUUUGUGAUACAGCAUCAAAAUAUGUUGGACAUCAAUGUCAAAUAUGUAAUAUUUUGCAGCAAUCCUUCAACAAAUAAGCUCUCUUAUAACACAGAUUAUAGCCACAGAUUAUAAUAGACUCUUCAUUUCAUUAUAAUUUGUAUUUUUACAUAUAUAUUUUCUCUUUAUCUUAUAGAGCAUGGUAUUUAAAUGGAGAUUACCUGGUUGUUUUGGUUUCGUUUUUUCUCAUCCUACCUUUGUCGCUUUUGAGAAAUCUAGGUAAGUUUGUCCUUAUACUUCCAUCUUUUAAACUUUUAUUUUACCCUAAUCUGCAUAAAUUUGCUGUAAACAAUUUGUUUUUCAUUAUCUGAGUUCUAAACUUUUUUUUUUUUUUUUUAUUCUUCUCUCAGGAUACUUGGGCUACACUAGCGGCCUCUCCUUGAUGUGCAUGGUCUUCUUUCUCAUUGUUGUAAGUAUAUAUUUUUCUUUCUUCCUUAAGUGAAUCAAAUAAAACAUUUUUUAUUUUUUUUUACAACAGAAAUUCUACAUCCUAAAAUAUACUUUGCAACUAAGUUUUUACCUGGUUUAAUUAUUAUUAUUUUAAUUUUUAUGUGUAUUUUAUGUUUUGUAGGUGAUCUACAAGAAAUUUCAGAUCAUGUGCCCAGACUGGGGAUACCACGAUGAGCUGAAUAUAACUCUAAACAACACAUUGUCUGCCUUAGUCACUCAUGCACCGACACACGAAGUGGAACACAACGAAACUGAUGAUAUGUGCACACCAAAAUAUUUUGUGUUCAACUCUCAGGUAAUCUAUCGAACAAUAUUCUUCUUUGCCACAAGACGAGCAGAAUCUAUAUUCCCCUCUCUAGAUAGAGAUAAUAAUCGUUUAAAUAAUAUAUAUGACAUAUGUGCCAGAACACCCAAAAGAUAGUACAUACUUAAAUGUUAUAUACAAUACUAAGAGAAUUAGCUGCCAUCUAUACAUUGGGUGAAUCAAUGCAAUAGUGACAUGUGAUACUUUCUGAUACUGCUUCACUUACUUACCAUGGAUUGUGUUCUAUCAUUCCAGACUGUGUAUGCUGUGCCCAUUCUGACAUUCUCCUUUGUCUGCCAUCCGGCCGUUCUUCCCAUUUAUCAAGAACUUAAAGAGUAAGUUGAGCUUCACAUGUUUUCGAACAGAAGGACAUUUGCUUAAUGCACGCUGCAUAUUGUCUUCAGAAUAACUAAUAGUUGUAUUUUUUUCAACGUAUUUAUUUUUUUAGUCGGAGCCGCAAAAGGAUGAUGAAUGUUUCCAAUGUGUCCUUUUUUGCCAUGUUUCUCAUGUAUCUGUUGGCUGCACUGUUUGGAUAUUUGACAUUUUACGGUAAGUCUUUUUAAAGUUUAAAGUAUCUUUAUUUUACAGCCUUAGUCAAUAACCUUACCUUUACACCUUCAAUCUCCUUCCUUUGUUUCCUAUUGGCCCCUCAGCGACUAAACCAGCCUUCAUCAGUAUAGUUUCUUUUCUUUUCUUUGUUUUUUAUAUGGGACUAAAAUGUAGGCUCCCCUUGAGCACUCAAUGAGGUACUACAAAGUGCUGUCAAAUUUACCUAUGGAUUUAUAAUAUAUAAAUAAAAAAUUAUACUGCUUAUAUAUGUAUACUUAGACUUGUCCCAUUGAAAAAGUAAUGCCUUUCUAAAUAAAAAAUGUAUAUAUUUCAGGAAAUGUUGAGCCAGAGUUACUCCAUACAUACUCAAAGGUUGUAGGAGCCGGAGUAAUAUUUAUCGUUGUACGUUUGGCAGUUCUUGUGGCAGUCACCUUAACCGUGCCGAUUGUAGUGUUUCCAGUAAGUAUAUCUGUUAACCUAUACAUUUUAUACUGGUUUAUUUGGGGCGUGCCGCCUUAUUUAUCAUAAAGUGUAUUUUGUCUUUGGCCUCCCUGAGUUCACCAAAUACAUAUACUGCAUCCUCAACCUGUACUCUCCCUCUCUUCCCCCUCUCUCUCUCUCUCCCCCUCUCCCUCUCUUUCCUCCUCUCUCUCUCUCUCUCUCUCUCCCUCUCUUUCCUCCCCUCUGUCUCUCUCCCCCUCUGUCUCUCUCCCUCUCUCUCUCUGUCUCUCCCUCUGUCUCUUUCCUCUCCCCUCCCUCUCCUCCCUCUCUUCUCUCCCCUCUCUCUUUCUCCUUCUCUCUCUCUUUCUCCUUCUCUCUCUUUCUCUCUCUCUCUCUCUCUCUCUCUCUCUCUCUCUCUCCAUAUAUAUCUAUAUAUAUCUAUAUAUAUCUAUAUAUAUAUCUAUAUAUAUAAUCAGCUUCCUGUGUUAGAGAUGUGUUAAAUCCCACUGUCCUAACAGCUGAAUUGCUUCUUUUCAGAUUCGCAGUUCCAUCACAGAGCUCCUGUUUUCAGGGCGAGAAUUUGCCAUGUGGCGUCACUGUCUUAUAACAUUCUUGAUCUUGUCUUUCACCAACGUCCUCGUCAUUUUUGUCCCUACUAUAAGGGAUAUUUUCGGAUUCAUUGGUAAGUUAAUUAUGUGGUAGUUUGAAGAAAUGUUUGUUUUUGGUGGUGCUCUUAAAACUCUUGGGCACAAAAAUAGAAUGUUUUCACUUGGCGCAGACUUGCUGCUGCUUUCAUGGCUUAAAUAAACUAUGAAGAAUCCAGAUACAUGAAAAAUAAAAAAGACGAUUGUAUAACGGAAAGAUGUGCCUGCAAUAAGGGGGUGGGGGUUGGGGGGCAAGUAUAUGGGUAAAGAUAUUGAAUUACUGUGUACAUUUGGGGACUUAAUAUUUUGUAAUCUUCCAUAUCAAGCAUGCUCUGGCUGCCCUGUUCUUUUGUAGUUUUGUCUCUUGAAUGUACAAUGUAUUCAGUGUUGAAGAAUUGCGAAAUGUUAAGUUUUUUUUUAUUUGUUCUCCAAAAGGUGCCUCUGCUGCUGCAAUGCUGGUGUUUAUUCUUCCGUCAGCGUUUUACAUAAAACUGGUGAAGAAAGAAUCCAUGAAAUCAGUUCAAAAGAUCGGGGUAUGUUUAUAUUUAAGGCAUUCAACUGUGACCCUUUUCCACGUAGCUGUCUAGUUACUGAGUCGCUUAUAUCUUUUGUUAACCGUUUUUACAUGUAAAGAUUGGUAAAAAGCUUGGUUUACUUAAAUAAUCCUUAACAUGAUACCUAAACCUCAGGUUAUGGAGGUUAAGUACAUUUACACUGCCUCCACAAGUGUGGUGCUAUGAAAAAAAUACAGUGCCAAGCUCAUUGGUGGCAUUGAGAGGUAGACCUCAAAAUCUCAUUUGUAAAAAAAAAAAAAGUGACUACUGGAUCCUCAGCAAUACCUUUUUCAUUCGAUUCUGUAGCAUUCUAAUCACCAAUCCUCAGUAACAGAGUGGUGUAAACCUUACACGUAAUAUCAAAAUAGUCAUUUCGCCCAUCAAAAAGUUCAUGGGUGGGUUCAUGAUCUUGAAUGCACAUAUUGUCACAUAUCUAGCUACUGUUUGUAUUGUUUUGUUUUUUCUUCUUUCUUCCUCCUUUUGGAAAUGCUUUUAACAUGUCUUUUGUUUCUUUUUCUGUCUUUCUAGGCCAUGCUGUUUCUUGUCAGUGGAUUUAUUGUCAUGAUCGGAAGUAUGACACUGAUCAUCAUGGAUUGGGUCCACAAUGCUACAUCCGAUGGCCACUAA